GAAGAUCUCUAUCACCAAGAAGGAGAAGAAAGCUUCCUGAUAUAUAGUCUGAGACAACAAUGGCGAAGUUGGGCCCACAGUGCUGCCAAAACGCGCCAACCCGGAUCCCGAAUGCAGGGUCGGGUCACGUUGAGAAGCUCGGUGGCCUUGACGCGUACGUCACUGGCUCUCCCGAAUCCAAGUUUGCCAUCCUUCUCGCCUCUGAUGCUUUUGGAUUUGAAGCUCCGAACUUGAGGAAACUGGCUGACAAGGUUGCAGCCUCUGGGUUCUACGUAGUCAUUCCUGAUUUCUUCCGUGGAGAUUCCUAUUCCCCCGAGAAUCAGGAUCGACCUCUUCCUGUCUGGAUCAAAGAUCAUGGACCAGAAAAGGGCUUUGAGUACUCAAAGCCGGUUAUUGAGGCCUUGAAGAGCAGAGGCAUAGAUGCCAUUGGAGCAACAGGGAUCUGUUUUGGUGCAAAAGUUGUGGUGGAGCUUGCUAAACGCGAGCUUAUCCAAUCAGCUGUCUUGCUUCAUCCUUCUCUCGUCUCCCUUGAUGACAUCAAGGAGGUCAAGGCUCCGAUUGCUGUGUUUGGAGCUGAGAUUGAUAGUACCACCCCACCAGAACUGGUGCAGCAAUUUGCUGAAGCUCUUGCUUCAAAACCCGAGGUGAAGAGCUACGUGAAGAUAUAUAACAACGUGGAGCAUGGUUGGAGCGUGAGGUACAACGUGGACGAUGCAGAAGCUGUUAAGGCUGCGGAGGAAGCUCACAAGGACAUGUUGGAGUGGUCUUUGAUCCAUGUCAAGUGAACAAACACAGACCAAAGAGUUUGGACCCAUUUAUGAAAUCAAACGAUAUAUCCAAUAACAAAAAAAAUGAAAUACCGCCGAAUCUAUCAGAUGCGUAUGUUCUACGCAGCUUUGUGUUCUGUAUGUUCUGUAAUGUUUGCAAUGCUUAUGAUGUUUCUCUGUGUGUGUAUGGAUGUAUGAUAUGAUGCAUAAUAAAACCAUGGGUCGUGUGUGCUUCGGUUUAUUUACCCUAA